UCUGAAAGAGCAUCUUUAUUAUUCAUGAGCCGGAAGACGUCGUUCAGUUUUGAGUAGAUUACCCAAGAUGCUUGGCGUGUCUGUAGCAGGGGAGAAUGUGUGACAAUGGAAACAAAUACUACAGCAACGAACCCAUCUUUCGACUGUCCAUCAUGGGCAGGGAAGCCUCCAGCAGGACUGCAUCUGGACGUGCUGAAGGGAGACAAACUCGUCGAGAAACUGAUCAUUGAUGAAAAGAAGUAUUAUUUGUUCGGGAGGAACCCAGACAUCUGUGACUUCACCAUCGACCAUCAGUCGUGUUCUCGUGUGCAUGCGGCGCUCGUCUACCACAGGCAUCUGAAAAGAGUGUUUCUCAUCGACCUCAACAGCACACAUGGUACAUUCCUGGGACACAUUCGCCUGGAGCCCCACAAGCCCCAACAGGUUCCCAUCGACUCCACCAUGUCGUUUGGUGCAUCCACUCGUGUUUACACCAUCCGGGAGAAACCUCAGGGUCAGCCGGGCUCCGGCGUCGGGGACAGUAAAACCGGGGACGACGAGGAGCUGAAGGGUCUUCUGGGACUCCCACAGGAAGAGACUGAACUGGAGAACCUGACUGAGUUCAACACGGCUCAUAACAAGCGCAUCUCCACCCUCACCAUCGAGGAGGGCAACCUGGAUAUUCAGAGACCCAAGAGGAAAAGGAAGAACUCCAGAGUGAGCUUCGGUGAAGAGGACGAGAUCAUUAACCCAGAGGACAUCGACCCUUCUGUUGGACGUUUCAGAAACAUGGUCUCAACAGCUGUGGUUCCUAUUAAGAAGAAGAAACUGGGCGGAGGCAAUGCACUGGGAAUCGAGGAAAUAGUGACGCGACACAUGCACACGUUCCCUUUGCAGGGAGGACUCUACAGAGACCUUCCCCCGGCCAGUCAUGAAGCUCCCAGUGGAGCCACAAUAAUGGGAGGGCUGCCGUUACCCCUGCCCAACCCGGCCCCGGACGUAGACCUGGUCCACGAGGUCCCGCCGCCUCCGCUUGUGCUCAACCCCACGCCGUUACCCGGCCCGUACGCCUCUGACCCGCUCAGCGAACCCCGCAAGAAGAAGUACGCCAAAGAGGCCUGGCCUGGCAAGAAGCCCAUGCCUUCUCUGCUCAUUUAGCUACUUCUUAAUAACACCGGAUGUGUCUGACUCGUCUGUACUCAUGAAUUAGGCUUUGACUGUACUACAAGAAUCUGAGUAAACUGUAAGUUUUAAAAUAA